GCUGGCUGUGACGCUCCCUGUGGCAGCAGGUGUGAAGUGUAGUUUUAUUUUGGUUUGGCUGCUGGUUUGCUGCCUCUUUAUGCCACGAAAUUUGUUUGAGCUGAAGCGGGCUCCCCUCUGAGUCUGGUUUCGACGUCGCCUUUGUGUUCGUUCGUUCGUCUGUUCGCUCCAUAUCUAAGAUGUCGACCGCCGACCAUGGUGGAAACGAAGGCUACAACCAGCUGAAUAAGUUUGAAAAACUGUCGUGGAGGCCCUCCAUCCGCGACUCAGGCUCCAAGAAGAGAGUGCGGUGGCUUCAGGCUCGGCGCAUCUUCUCUCCGUCCUGCCCCAACCUGCGGAUCCCCAACCGGUUCCUGAGAGAAGGACACUGUGCACCCCCUGCCCGGAGUGGGCACCGCUGUGUUGCAGACAGUGCCAACCUGUACGUAUUUGGAGGCUACAACCCAGACUUUGACGAGGCAGGCGGCUCAGAGAAUGAAGAUUACCCUCUGUUCAGGGAACUGUGGCGGUUCCACUUUGCCACGGCCACCUGGCAGCAGGUCCGCACAGAGGGCUACAUGCCCACAGAGCUGGCCUCCAUGUCAGCUGUUUUACACGGCAACAACCUGCUUGUGUUUGGUGGCACUGGGAUUCCAUUUGGUGAAAACAACGGCAAUGAUGUCCAUGUUUGCAACGUCCAGUACAAACGAUGGAACCUGCUCAACUGCAGAGGGAAGAAACCAAACCGAAUCUAUGGGCAGGCUAUGGUCAUUAUAAAUGGCUACCUCUAUGUCUUUGGAGGGACGACAGGCUACCUUUACAGUACAGACCUGCACAGGCUGGACCUGACCACCAGGGAGUGGACCCACCUCAAGCCCAACAAUGCUCCCUCAGAUCUACCUGAGGAGAGGUACAGACACGAGUUAGCUCAUGAUGGACAGAGAAUAUACAUCCUGGGAGGCGGGACUUCCUGGACGUCAUAUCCCCUCGACAAGAUUCAUGCAUACAACCUGGAGACAAAUUACUGGGAGGAAAUAGUCACCAAACCUCAUGAAAAAAUAGGAUAUCCUGCUGCACGCCGUUGUCAUAGCUGCGUGCAGGUCAAAGACGAGGUGUUUAUAUGUGGGGGAUAUAAUGGAGAGCUGAUCCUGUCUGACCUGUGGAAGAUAAACUUGCAAAACUACCAGUGGAACAAGCUGCCUGCUGUCAUGCCAGAACCCGCCUACUUUCACUGUGCUGCCGUCACUCCGGCUGGCUGUAUGUACGUCCACGGUGGCGUCGUCAACAUGUCUGAGAACCGGAGGACUGGCUCCCUGUACAAGGUGUGGUUGGUGGUCCCCAGCCUGCUGGAACUGACCUGGGAGAAGCUGCUCAAAGCUUUCCCUCGCCUGGUACAGCUUUCCACUCUGCAGCUGCUCAACCUGGGCCUCACACAUUCUUUAAUUCAGCGCCUCAAAUAAGUGCUGCACAGAGGCAGAGGAAAACGCUAUCUGAUGGAACAGCACCGACCUUUAAACCACAAAGGACAAAAAAAAAAAAAUCUGAUGAUAGACUGAAGAGAUGUUUUAAUUUUGAGUGAUGUUGGCUCAUACUGAAAAACCAAAACUUUGAAUGCCUUUUUUUUUUUUUUAAUUUUAGCCCUUUCAUAAACGUGUGUGCUUCAUUUCCAAUGCCAAGUGCAAUGUCUUGAGCUUGCCGGUGUGCGCGCGCAGGCAUGGAUCACGGCGCAUGUCAGGUUUGAGUUUGUACCCAUCCAACAGGAGCCAGAGUACGAAUUGCUGAUUUUUCAUUUUGCUUUCUAUUUAUUUCACAGGUUUCUUAUGCCUUGUUCUUGUCAUUUUGAAUCCUUUACAUAUCGCAUUCCAGUGCUUCUCCUUUUCCUGUUAACAUCAUUUGUCACUGUCACAGAAACUUGCAGGACAUGAAAGGGAAUAGUUCAAUGUCCCAAAGAUAAUUUUUUCUUCAAAGCAGAACUUCUUGCCAAGCAAAUUAAUGCUGCUUCUGGUACUACAGUUUUAACUCUCUAGCAGGCAGGGAUAGACUUGUUUGACUCUUGCUGACGAAAAAAUAGCAAGAUGGACUUAAUUGACAUGAAUGGUCAGCUGCUGCUAUGCUCACUGUGACAGAUAAACAUGAUUGUAAAUUCCAUUCGUUUUAAAACAGGAGAAAUUGGUGAACACGUGUUCCCAUUUAACUCAGACCGUUUCAAAUAGACCACAUUCCUCUUGUUUUUUCAUUAAUUUUAACCAUGGCAUUUAAUUUUUAUCACUCAGUCGUAGUUCGUAUCUUGUAGGCACACUUUCUUCAGCAGUCAGACAUCAGCGAAAUCCCAAGGAAAGGGUUGAGAAAGUUUGGAUCUUAUUGCUUUGAUUCCCUGUAAAAUGUUGGCAACAGACUAAUUGGGUCGAUUAUUUGAAGCAUGUUAAAGCCUCAAGGCCUUUCACAGUGCAUGAUACUAAAAAUCUAGCUGCAUGAUAACGACGGUGUCAAAUUGAUUCAGCAGCAUAGAUGAGUCACUUUGUUUCAACAGAAGUGUCAUUCUGCACUUUGUGUUUGCCCGCUCACAGUAGGCCUCAUGACCAGAGGAAAUAUUAAACGUGUGUUGUGCGCCUAAGUUUGAGCCUUCUGUGACAUGACAUCACUGUGAAUUUUCGAGUGCCUCUUGGAUUUUCUUUCUUUUUUUCCAUUGUCUUGUUGCAACGUGGAGCUUGUCGAACUCUUGAGAAAAGCGUACGUAAGAAGUAUGAAACUGUACUCGGCCAGAAGCUCUUAAGUGAUUCCUGAACUCGAGUCAUUUCUUCAUCUGGUGCCUUCUACGUCUACAGAAUGUCACAGAAAUUAUUUUUUAUAUUUCCGUUGUCCAUUUGUUGAAUACUUUACAAACUGUCUACAUGUAGCAUUUUUUUCCAUGUGCUAUUGCUGGUGCUGUUCACACAAGCCUUUUUUUUUUAAUUAUUAUUUUUUGUAAACCCAUAAAUCCUUUUACGCCCAUGACUGCUCUUGGUAUGGGACGCCGAUAUGAAUUGUCAUCACUUCUUUUAACCCACAGACAUUUUUUAACUUAUUUAUUUUAACCACCUUGCUGCUUUUACAAAACAUAAAACUUAAUUGUAGCCCAACUUGUAGCUGACCUUUUUAGUUUUUGUCGCCCGGUUUCAUUGGUUCUGCUCCUCCACUCUUCACACUUUAACUCCAUUUCAACUUUUCAUUUUGUACUGUAACAUUAGGCUAUAUGGUUGGUUUUUAUUGUGGGCUGCACUGUACUGCUAUAGUACUUUCAAAUAUGAAGCUGUAAAUGGGGCCUUUUUUAAUUUUAACCUAGUUAAAAAGGUAUGUCAGGCAUACUCAGGAUAUUAUAUACUGUGACCAGACUCAGUCGUGGAGCUUCAGAAACAUUCACACCACAUCCAAGUGUCAGCUUGUUGCUCAGGCUCAUUAUGUUCUCAUGAAUCCAUAUUUUGGUACACCUUGGUGUUUUUAAUUAAGAGGAGUCUCUGCAUUUUUCAUUGCUUUGGCUAAAAGUACAUCACUAGUAAUGCUGCCAGUUGGUUGAGUCACACAUACUUCACCUUGUCUUGAUUUUUGUGUUUUUUUUAUUCCGCCAGUCAGGCUCUAUCUCGGCUUAUAUGGAAAAUGUCAGCAACCACUUUAUCUGAAAUGUUUAGUUAAAAUAUUCCAGACAAACUGACAGUUGAACUUCACUUAACAGCGCCACCUAUCGUACUUUGUUCAUCAACUUGUGCCUAUAAUGGCCUUAUUUAUUUCCUUUUCUUUUUUCUUUUUUUUUUGGAAGUGACCAUAGGCUUCACUCUUUUCUGAGGUUUGAUAAAUGUACAGCCUUGCUUAUGAGACCAACACAUUUAUAUAUUUGCAUCAUUUCUUUGAUGUUAAGGAAAAAAAAAAGCUACAUGAUCUCUUCUGCAUGUCACUAUGGUCUGCAU